UCAUCAAAACCACUGAACACUUUGCAAUAUACAUAAUAAAUUUAACGUUCAAUUUAUUAACACUGUAUUAAUCACAAACAUAUCGAUAAAAUAUAAAAUACAAAACCAUCAUUUCACAGCUUUUACCAUACACACGCAUAUUGCAAACUAAUACUUUUCUACGCCGUAUUUCUUCACACACAUAUUCGCAUCACGCACAUAUUUGCAUUUUAUCGCAAAAUUAUGACUGACGAGGUCUCUUUCUUCGAUCCGGAAGUAGUCACACCACCGGAAGCCCAGAUUGAUCCAAAUUUCUUGGAAUUGAUCACAGUCCAUGGCAAAAAUGAUAUCAAGAUUCACAGCAAGAGCUUCUCUCAACUAUUCGAUAAGCCAGAAAUUGAUGGAUUCGGAUACUCCAUUUUUCUCGUGGUUGGAAAACAUCACACCCAAAAUUCUGAUAUGAUUGGAAUCAUUCUCCAAAAUUUACAAACUACGGGAAACAUUUCAAUGCUAGAGGUGAUAGAAUCUGACCUUUUCACCGGCCCGAAAGACAAUUACAAGUCGAAAGGUCUCAUCGCUUAUUCGAAACCUGUCAUCUGUAAAGGAAGCGAUGGAAGAAAUGCAGCAAAUUUUUUUCUCGACGUUUGGGGGGAUUUCAAAGAUGGUGAUGAACGUGACACAAGCUACAUUUUGUUGGCUGGACUAGGCGCAGCCUUGUCAAGUACUAUGAUAUACAAAGGAGAUGGACAAAUUAGUGCCUCCAACUGGACCUGGCUUCGCAGAAUGAUUUCCGUCUCCAGGAAAGUUCACGGCUCCGGUGAAAUGCAAAACUUGCUCUUUUUCAUUCAAAACUGGGCCUUAAAGGAGUAUGGAAUUUCUGGUAAAAGUGCAGGAAAUUCAUAUAUCAAAGCACUUAUGGGAGACCGUACUGCAAUGUCACCUGACAUGAGUUACGUCUUCAAAUCACUUUCGCAACCCCAAUGUUAUGCAUUUCCCAAAAUCGAGACAGGGGACAAUAAAUGUCGCCUCCUUAUCAAACAACAAUUGAAAGCAUUCCAACAAUUACUUUCCUUUAAUAUCAAAUCCAAAAAGAUUGACGGCGUUGAGGCUGGAUAUGCAAAUAUUUUUAAUAUUUUCAAGUUUGAAAAUUUGCCGGAUUCUGCUGAACUAUUAAAGUUGGAAGAAAUUGUUGAACCUGUUGAACCCGAAGAAAUUGAGGGUGCAGAUGAAGAAUCAAAAUGUUCGUCUGAACUUACCCAAGAAAAUUAUGAGUCUGAUUCAGAACAUAAGCACGAUUUAGAGCCGCAAUCCAAUAUAAAUCUUGACCAAUCAACUUCCGGUUCUUCCCUUCAUCAUCAAAGCAUGAAAUUUUCCUUUGAAACCGAAGAUGUUGACACGAGCCAGAGUUUCGCUACUCUUUCACUCAACGAUCCAACCCCCUUUUCUCCGGAAGUGAACGAUAUGUGGACCACUGCGACUGCAGAUAAUAGCAUGUUCAACUUUGAUUCCUCAAAUGAGUGGAAUUUGCCAAUGGAAAAUAAAGUUGAGAUUGAGAAGAAACCAGAGGAGCAACCACCCCCAAUUAUUUCUGGUCCAGUUAUCGACACGGAUUUUCACUCACUUCCAGCACCUGCACCUUUGGAGCAAUUUGAAGAGCAAACCACCACCACUCCAGCCCAGUUGCAUUCCCUUCAAGAACACACAACCCAUGAGAAAGCUGAAGACCUCAUUCAACGAAUUUUUGCAUCCAAACUCCCUGUAGUUCAAAGAGCUUUCAAACGGCCUGAAAUAAAACUCCGUGGAAUUGUGCCGCAAAGCGUGCCAAAUCUAUUGUCGCUGGAAAGGGACAACGAACUCUGGAGAAAGCCUGUCCAUCAGGAAGAAGACAUAAUUAAGCCUAGCACUAGUCACGACUUGGUCGAAAUUCCUGACGCUGAUAAUAAUAUAUUCACUGAUCAAAAACCUUCUUCAUCUUCAGCAAGAAGCGUAUCGCCAAAAACGUCAACGACAAAAACUAAGAGUCCUAGUCCUCCUCCAAGAACAAGUAAUAAUGAAAUUGCUACCAUUCCUGACGGACUCAUGGCAUCGGCAGUGCAUAUUUUCGAAAAUUUGGAGCUCUCAUCAGAAAUUAAUCUAGCCUCCAUCACCAAGCUGAUUUUUGACCAUUGCUACAAAUACGGUGGCGUCAAAUUGCAGGGAUGCGAUCCAAACGACGAUGGCGCACUUUUAUCCGUUAUUCUUCCACCUCUUCGAGCAGUAUCAAACUAUCAAACUGCACUUGAGAAAGAAUUCGAACGCCAAAUUUGUUUCGACUCGCCUCAAGAAUUUCAAGAAGUGACGAGAAAAAUUAAAACUCAAAUUACAAAAGAGUUAACAGGGCCACUGAAGGAGAGUGUUCUUUACAAGAUGAACCAGUUGGAUGAAAAGUAUAAAGAAAUUAAUGACAAAAUUGUCCAAGCGGAAGAACAAACUGCAAGAUAUGCUAAACAACUUGUCUCAAGUUUUUAUGAUGAGCAAUUAAAGAGCUGGAAACUUCAAGGGGAAUUCAAAACCUUGCACAAGACUACUUUGGAACUUUGUAAGGAAGCAUUUCAACAAGCUUACGGGCGACCUGGGUCACAAAUCGGGAAUAAAAUGCUAACGCAACUCUUGGACAAACUUGAAAAGGAAUGUCCCGAUUUAGAAAAAACGAUUGGCGAUACCGCCGCCAGACAGAAGGUCACUGCGGCUCGACUUGUCGAAACAUGCACCUCCACCUACAAGUUAGAAAUGGACCGUAAUUUAAAAAAUCCUGCCUUAAAUGCGAGUCACUUUCAAUCUCUGCAUCAAACAGCGUCUCACAAUGCAAUCCGGAGUUUCCAAGAGGAGUCAAAGUCUUCAUUUGAAAUCUCGAUGGAUAAGUUUGAACAAGACCUUCAAAAAAAUAUUGACCAAUUGAGCAAUAAUUUUAAGGAAGAGUUUGACUCUACCAAACCAAAACCUAAAAGUGCAGCAGAAAGUGGUCAAAAUGGGUCAAAAAUGCCAUUUAGCAAUGCACCAUCCUCCGUAAAACAACUGCAACCAGUUCCAAAACCAAGAACUCGACAGCAGCAGCAAAAAAAUGAUGCAGAAUCAUCACCUUCCUCCAUCCCGGUAGGGAUCUUCUUCUCUUUAGAUAAGAUCUCUGCUGCCACAUUCGACCCCCAGAAUGGAACCUUCAAGACAAUUUACGGCCCAAAACUCAACCAGAUUUGUUUCUCGGAAGAAAUUCUAAUAACUGGUUUUCCUCAGAGCGUCCCAGACAACAAAGUUCUCAAGAUGAGACAAAUCUUGACAAAUCCCAAAAUUGAGGAGAAUCGAAAGGUCGAGAUUUAUGGACGAACUGCAAUAUUACGAGUUGAGGAAAUUGUAGCUUACAUUCUCGCCCAGUUGCAUGAGAAUCUGAAAAUAAUCCUUCAUUCGUCUUCCAUCUCUUACGCCAUCACGUACCCUUCAUCCUUUAACAAAACGAUGUGGACGGUCCUCAAGGAUGCGACACUAAUUGCAGGCAUAAAAGCAACCCUUGUCCGAGAGUCGGAUGCGAUUUUGACACAUGCAAUUCACACCAGGAAAUUAGUUGAGAAAAAAACAUGGGUUUUGGUGGCAAUAGAGGAUCCUGACACGAAAGGUAGUGACCUUGCAGUAUAUGAAAAUAGUGGAAAUGGGGGAGCACUCCAGCUUAACAAGGUUAUUGGAUGCGGGCCAGGAUCCAAAUAUUGGGGCUUGAAAUCAGCAACAGGAAUGGAGGAAUGUAUGGAUAAGUUGUCAAAAAAAGUUGCCAAAUCGAAUCCAAGAAUUUACUUGUACUGCAACGGUCCUCAAAGUAAAGCAAGCAAUAUAAAGUCUAUAAAAUCAGCGACGACUGACACUCAGUGGGUGGAAGCAAUAAAGGUAUCAGAACCUUUGGAAGGUGCAUCGCUUGUAGCAUGUAUUCAACACAAUGCAGCAUAUCGCACCAAAUGGGUACAGAAAUUCCCUUUCGCCAACCUGUCCAACAUUUUGAAGACCUUGCCAAACUCGUCUAACCUGACUCACUCUCAAGUUGAUCAUGUCGGCAGUAAUUUACCGAACGUCUCAAUCAAGGGAAAAUCCGCGGAAGUCCAGAAUUAUAAUGUUGCUCAUUUUAGAAACCUGGAGGCUGCUAAAGAUAGCGUGCGCCAAAAUUACAUCAGGAUUCAGGACCGGAUCGGUAAGCAAGAAAUUAAUGUACUGGAAGAUGCCGUUAGAAAAAUUAUGAAUGAACAAUUGUCUGCUCAGCAAGUCCACGCCAAGUGGAACGCAGCCCUUAAAAAGAUUCAUCAUAAUUCAUGAUCCAUUCAAUAUGCAAAACGUUCUAAAUAAAUAAAUAAAUUGACCGCUGUUUGUCAUUCAUCAUAAAAA